UAAUCCGGCCCAAACUGUCUAAACCCUAAUAUAAAAACUAAAUCUUCAAUCGAGAAGAGGUCGCGAGUUUCAGUGGUGUGAUUUUCAUUUGUGCUUUUGUCUCUGUGAAAUUUCUCAGCAAUGAAGGUUGUCGCAGCUUUCCUGUUGGCUGUUUUGGGAGGCAACACCGCCCCCUCCGCCGAGGAUCUGAAGGGAAUUUUGAGCUCAGUUGGGGCUGAUGCUGAUGAGGAAAGAAUUGAGCUGUUGCUUUCUCAAGUUGCCGGAAAAGACAUUACUGAGUUGAUUGCUGCCGGGAGGGAAAAAUUGGCUUCAGUACCUUCAGGUGGUGGCGGGGUUGCAGUUUCUGCUCCCACUGGUGGUGCAGGAGGUGGUUCUGCCCCUGCUGCUGCCGAGGCUAAGAAAGAAGAGAAGGUUGAAGAGAAAGAAGAGUCUGAUGAUGUAAGACAUGGGCUUCGGUCUUUUUGAUUAGAUUUUGCAAAUGCAGCCGUGUAUCGAGAAAGCAUUCGAUGCAUUCUCUUCAAUUUACGAUAGUAGAGAAAUUUUCUUUUAUGUUUUCGGUACUGGAAUUUCGUGUACGAACAAUUUGAGGACUAAUUAUAGUGUUGUUCUUGGUUUUGAAUGCUA